CACUACGCUCCUGCCCCUGCCCACGCCCUCCUCACCCCUCUCCCUCUCCAGCCCCAGGUCUACGCUGCGCCCCGGCCCGUGGACCGCCUGGCGGUGCCCAGCUUCGCCCGGAGGGAGCGACUCCACCGCUUCCAGCCCACCUACCCGUACGUGCAGCACGAGAUCGACCUGCCACCCACCAUCUCCCUGUCGGACGGGGAGGAGCCCCCGCCCUACCAGGGCCCCUGCACCCUGCAGCUCAGGGACCCCGAGCAGCAGCUGGAGCUGAACCGCGAGUCGGUGCGCGCUCCCCCCAACAGAACCAUCUUCGACAGCGACCUGCCGGCCGGGACGGUGCCAGGCGGGCCCUGCGCCCCCAGCAGCCACUCGGGCAUCAGCGCUGCAAGCUACAGCGGCGGCGGGCGCAUGGAGGGGCCGCCCCCCGCCUACAACGAGGUCAUCGCCCACUACCCACGCCCCUUCCAGCACCAGCAGAGCCCCGGGCCACCCUCCCUGCUGGAGGGGCUCCACGCACCCCACCUCACCCCCCUGGAAAGCAAGGAGGACAAGCAGAAAGCUCAGCCCCUCUAGGAGCUGCGCGCGGCUGUAGGAAGAAACAAAUGACAGAAACAAAACAAAACAAGGCAAACGCUCCGCACUGGAGAGAAGAGGGGCGCCCCGACUCCUCGUAUAAAUAUUUACAUGUUCUGUCUGGUCUAAAUGCACAGCUCCGAAAGCUUGCAAAAAAGCAAAAAAAAAAAAAAAAAAAAACCCCACAAAAAAACAUGCUUCAAGCCACAUCGUGAAAGCAAAAAAGGAAAAAAAACCAUUCUAUAGUAGUCUCUUUUUUUUAGUUGAGCUGUGUGCACGAAUGCUUAAUUUUCUUUCGUUAAUGAUGGUUUCACUUAACUUUAAAGACAUAUUUGCACAAAACCUUUGUUUAAAGAUCUGCAAUAUUAUAUAUAUAUAUAAAUAUAAAUCUAUAUAAACUAAGAGAAACUGUAUGGGGGACAGGAGUAUUUUUGUAUUAGAAGAGGCUUAUUGAAAGGAGUUGUUUUCCGAACUCGAAGAGGAAAGAAAAAGGCAAUUUUUGAGUGCCAACUCAAAGUGUGUAUUACCUUGUAAAGAAAAAAAAAUAUACAAAGCAGGGGUCUAGAGUUAUUUAUAUAAAUGUCAAGAUUUUGCACUAUUUUUUAAUAUAACUAUGUCAGUGCUUGUUGGAUGGAAAGUUCUAUUGUGUCUGUCGAGACGUCUGCCAGGCAGGGGUGUCCCCUGGUCUCCUGGUCCCUUUGCCCUGGUCCCCUCAUCUCUCCCCCGCCCCCUCCCCCCUCCC